AUGACGUCCAUCGGAACAGGCUAUGAUCUAUCGGCCAGUACCUACUCCCCUGACGGCCGCAUAUUUCAGGUCGAGUAUGCCAACAAGGCAGUCGAGAACUCAGGGACUGCCAUUGGUUUGCGCGUCAAGGACGGAGUGGUGCUUGCCGUUGAGAAGUUAGUUCACUCCAAGCUCCUCGUGCCAGGGGCCAAUCGAAGAAUACAGACAAUAGACAAACACAUCGGCUUGGCUACAGCUGGACUCCUCGCAGACGGUCGCAACGUCUCCAAUCGAGCCCGUGACGAAGCUGCCAAUUUCCGCCAGUUGUGGAAUGCACCAGUAACACUCAAGGAUCUGGCCGAUCGUCUGGGUCUAUAUGCACAAGCAUACACUCUGUACUCAUCCGUGCGGCCUUUCGGUAUCAGCACCAUCCUUGGUAGCGUGGACAAGAAUGGACCAGCACUCUAUAUCGUGGAGCCGAGUGGUGUAACUUACGGGUACCAUGGAGCGGCGGUGGGCAAGGGAAAGCAAUUGGCUAAGACCGAACUCGAAAAGCUGAAACUCUCAGAACUCUCGACACGAGAAGCUGUGAUUGAGGCCGCUCGCAUCAUCUAUCUCGUGCACGACGAUGCCAAAGAGAAGGAAUUCGAACUGGAGAUGUCAUGGAUCGGGGAUGAGACUAAAGGACUUCACCUUCCCGUGCCAAAAGAUCUCUUCAAAGAGGCAGAGCAGAAGGCCAAGGACGCGCUAGAAAACUUCGAGUAA